AUGGGAAAAAAACUGCUCAAUGCUACCAUUUGUCGAGUUGAUGCCCUAGAAGCGGAGUUGAUUGCCACCAAAAAGGGUCUGCAUGAAGCUUUGACGAGGCAAGAGGAGCUGCUUGCUUAUAUGGACAAUCAAGAAGAAUCCAAGUUUCGGGUUAUGAUUGAAGGUAAUUGGAUAUUAUCAGGUGUUAUAACUAAAGCUGGUGCAGAAAAUGAUGACAUUAACAAGCAAAAAGUUUAUAGCUCUUGGAAGGAAACCAACUUUUCAACUCAAUGGUGUUAUGAGAAUUAUAUCCAAGUCAGGAGCAUGAAGAGAGCUAGAGAUAUGCAGGAUCAACUGGAGGGGCUGCUGGAGAGGGUUGAAAUUUGA